AGCAAAUAUGAUUCAUAUUUGUUUCUUCGGAAAACAUCUACAGGUUGUGUUCUUCUUUUGGUGUAUGUAGAUGACAUUAUUAUCACAGGAUCUGAUUCUUCACUAAUCACUAGCCUACAACAACUGCUUAAAGAUUCUUUUCAUAUGAAAGAUCUUGAUACUCUUACUUAUUUUUUGGGUUUGGAAGUUCAUAAUGUUGCUUCAGGUGUGUUUCUAAACCAACACAAAUAUACUCAAGAUCUGAUUUCUUUGGCUGGUCUUCAUGAUUCCUCCUCCGUAGAUACUCCAUUGGAAUUGAAUGUGAAGUAUCCUUGUGAGGAAGGCGAUCUUCUUCCUGAUCCAACUAUAUUUCGACAAUUAGUUGGGAGUCUAAAUUACCUUACUAUUACUCGGCAUGAUAUCUCUUUUGCAGUUCAAGAAGUUAGUCAAUUUAUGCAAGCUCCCCAUCAUCUCCACUUGGUAGUUGUUCGUCGCAUCAUUCGGUAUCUUCUAGGAACAUCUACUCGUGGAUUGUUCUUUCCAAGUGGUUCUCCUAUUCGUCUUAAUGCUUUUAGUGAUUUUGAUUGGGCGGGAUGUCCUGAUACUCGUCGUUCAAUAUCUGGUUGGUGCAUGUUUCUUGGAGAUUCAUUGAUAUCUUGGAAGAGUAAAAAGCAAGAUCGUGUGUCAAAAUCUUCAACAGAGGCUGAAUAUCGAUCCAUGUCUAUUGCUUGCUCCGAGGUUGUAUGGCUUCGUGGAUUACUUGCUGAGAUUGAAUUUCCUCAAUCUCAUCCUACUCCUCUCCAGCUGACAAUACAACUAGUUGGUCAUUUUGUUAAAGUAAACUGCAUAAAUCCCACAUUUAUUAUCAACCAUUCUGAGAUCAUGAGCCCACUGGCUAAAUCACACAGAUCAGAACCUGGUUUGACUGAGCAUUUCAACUUAUUUGUUAACAGAAGAGAGCUAUGUGAUACCUAG